AUGAGGAGGUGCGGCUUCCCUGGAGGCCCGGCCAAUCCGUGCCCGAAAUCCCUCCUAGCCCACCUCUUCGCUGGCCAAGGGGCAGGGCCUUGCCUUGUUGAUCGGCGGAGCGGAGGGGGAGGGGCGGAGCUGUCAGCCGUGGCCAAUGGGCGGGCGGGUGUGGGUGCUGGGGCCAAUGGCGGCCGGGGCGGUGCGGGCCCAUCGCGGAUAGAGCUUCUGCUGCGGUGGGGUCGAGUGCUGGCCGAGCAAGCGAGUGAAGGGGCCCGGCCCGAGCUAAGGAGCCAGAGGCGGCUGGCCCAGCCACUUCGCGGCGGACUGACGAAGCUGACGCGCCGGGCAGCAACCCAUCGGGUUUGUUACUGAGCCAUUUGGAAUCAUGGGGUCCGAGAAUCCAAGUCCACAAAACCCGAGUUGUAAGAUCAUGACCUUCCGUCCUACGAUUGAGGAGUUUCAGGACUUUGGGAAAUAUGUGGCCUACAUUGAAUCCCAAGGAGCUCACAGAGCAGGACUUGCUAAGGUGAUCCCACCCAAGGAGUGGAAACCUAGGAAAACUUAUGAUGACAUUGAUGACAUGGUGAUUCCAGCUCCUAUUCAGCAGGUGGUGACAGGACAAUCUGGUUUAUUUACCCAGUAUAACAUACAGAAGAAACCCAUGACAGUAGGAGAUUAUCGGCGGUUAGCCAACAGUGAAAAGUAUUGUACUCCUCGACACCAAGACUUUGAAGAUCUGGAGCGUAAAUACUGGAAGAACCUGACUUUUGUAUCUCCAAUUUAUGGAGCUGAUAUCAGUGGUUCUUUAUAUGAUGCUGAUGUGGAAGAGUGGAAUAUUGGGAAUUUGAACACCCUUUUGGACAUGGUGGAACACGAAUGUGGGAUUAUCAUAGAAGGUGUGAACACUCCCUAUCUGUACUUUGGGAUGUGGAAAACCACCUUUGCUUGGCACACAGAAGACAUGGAUCUCUACAGUAUCAAUUACCUGCACUUUGGGGAGCCCAAAUCAUGGUAUGCCAUACCUCCAGAACAUGGUAAACGUCUGGAACGCCUGGCAAAAGGGUUUUUCCCUGGCAGUUCUCAGGGAUGUGAUGCCUUUCUCCGUCACAAGAUGACUCUCAUCUCUCCCUCCAUCUUGAAGAAGUACAGCAUCCCUUUUGAUCGGAUCACUCAGGAGGCUGGCGAGUUUAUGAUUACUUUUCCCUAUGGAUACCAUGCAGGAUUCAAUCAUGGUUUCAACUGUGCUGAGUCAACCAAUUUUGCCACAUUGCGAUGGAUUGAUUAUGGCAAGAUGGCUACUCAGUGUACCUGCCGAAAGGAUAUGGUGAAAAUUUCAAUGGAUGUUUUUGUGAGAGUGCUGCAGCCAGAGCGCUAUGAACUGUGGAAGCAAGGAAAAGAUAUUACUGCUUUGGACCACAUGAAGCCCACUGCACUAACUAGCCCCGAACUGAUGGCUUGGAAUGAAACUAAGGCUGUGCUGAAAGCUAAGCUCCUUCGGAGACAAAUUAGUCUGAAGGAAAACAGACACUGGAAAAAGACUGAGGAGGAGAGAAAACCAAAUAUAGAAAGGAAGAGAGAGCAGAACAGAAAGCCUGGCCUAUCGUCUCACAGAAAAAGAAGCCAGCCUAGGAGGCAUAAGACAGAAGACCAGAAGUCUUUGGGAGAGGUUAUGGCUGCAGAAACUCUUUUGGAGGAGGGCAAAGUGAAGGAAGAACCCAAACAUGAACCUGAUCUAGAAGAAGAAGAGCAGCACAAAACUCCUGAAGGUGGUGAAGGGGAUGGUAAGACCAAGCUCCGUGCCCCCAAAGCCAAAAGUGAUAAGAAGAAGAAGCACCAUCACCACCACCACCACCACCACCACCACCACCCUCCUCAGCCACCUCAGUUGUUGUCACCUCCACCCCAGCUCUGUACAGAUGAAGAGGUCCCCCCACCACCUCCUCCCACCUUGGAGCCCCCUGUGCUAGCACCAGUCUCUGCUGCCACAGAAGAGAGCUUUCCCUUAGCUGCCCCCCUCAACAUUGUCCAUCCCUCUGAGGUGCCCAGCGAAGAGGAUGACUUUAAGCCUCGGCCUAUCAUUCCCAUGUUAUAUGUGGUUCCACGGACCAAUAAGGUGGCAUUUGACAAAGAGCGUGUAUCUUGCCAGCAGACACUUGAGCACUUUGCUCAGAAAGGCCAGAUUUGGAGGGAGCAGACUGUGCCCAUGGAGCUAACAGUGAAGGAAGAAGAAAGGGGAGAAGCCGAACAGGUGGAGAUUGGUCCCAAAACCAGUGAGGUUCAGGCUCCAUCCACCUUUUCCAAAUUGAAAAUGGAGAUCAAGAAGAGUCGGCGUCAUCCCCUGGGUAAACCACCAACUAGAUCCCCAUUGUCUGUUGUCAAACAAGAGGGCUCCAGUGAUGAGGAAGCGUUUCCCUUCUCUGGAGAAGAGGAUGUGAGUGACCCUGAGGCCUUGAAGUCUUUGCUUUCCCUCCAGUGGAAGAAUAAAGUGCAUAACUUCCAGGCAGAAAAGAAGUUCAAUGCAGCUGCAGCCCUGGUAGAGCCAUAUUGUGCUGUCUGUACUCUCUUCUACCCCUAUAACCAGUCCUUACAGACAGAUAAAGAAACUCCCCAGACCUCUCUGGGGGAGACCUCUUCACUACUUCAGCUUUCCAAGUGUGGACAGAAGACCAAGCCCUUGAUCCCGGAAAUGUGUUUUACUUCAAGCGGUGAGAAUACUGAGCCUCUCCCUGCAAAUUCUUAUAUUGGUGACGAUGGAACCAGCCUCCUCAUUGCCUGCGCCAAAUGCUACUUACAAGUUCAUGCAAGUUGCUACGGAAUCCGUCCUGAUCUGGUAAAUGAAGGUUGGACUUGUUCCCGGUGCACAGCCAAUGCCUGGACAGCGGAAUGUUGUUUGUGUAACCUCAGGGGAGGAGCUCUUCAGAUGACAACUGAUAAAAGGUGGAUUCACGUGGUCUGUGCUAUUGCUGUCCCAGAAGUACGAUUUCUUAAUGUAAUAGAGCGUCACCCUGUGGAUAUCAGUGCAAUCCCAGAGCAACGAUGGAAAUUGAAAUGUGUUUACUGUCGAAAGCGGAUGAAGAAGAUAUCUGGAGCUUGCAUCCAGUGUUCCUAUGAACAUUGCUCUACUUCUUUUCAUGUGACUUGUGCUCAUGCGGCUGGUGUCCUCAUGGAGCCUGAUGAUUGGCCCUACGUUGUGUCCAUCACUUGCUUUAAGCAUAAAACAGGCAGCCAAGGUGUCCAGUUUCUAAGGGAAGUGUCUUUGGGCCAGACAGUUAUCACAAAGAACCGCAAUGGUCUCUAUUAUCGGUGCAAAGUAAUUGGCACAACCACACAGACGUUCUAUGAAGUGAACUUUGAUGACGGUUCCUACAGUGACAACUUGUACCCAGAGAGCAUUAUUAGCAGAGAUUGUCUCCAGCUGGGACCACCUCCUGAAGGGGAGUUUGUUCAGCUCCGGUGGACUGAUGGAAAUAUCUAUAAAGCCAAGUUCAUUUCAGCUGUGAUCAGUCAUAUUUAUCAGGUGGAGUUUGAGGAUGGUUCCCAGCUCAUGGUGAAGCGGGGUGAUAUUUACACCCUCGAGGAGGAGCUCCCCAAGAGAGUCAAAUCAAGACUGUCCCUCAGCACUGGUGCUCCACAAGAGAGAGUAUCCUCAGGAGAGGAGGCCAAAGCAGCAAAGCGCCCAAGAGUGGGCAACGCUCGAAACUCUGAGGACUAUGGACAGAAUCCUGAUUACCUGGCCUUCAUGGAGAGCCUCCUGCAGUCACAAUACCAGCCUGGAGCCCAGAGCCACAUGUUUUAGUACAAACACAAUUUUAGAACCAACAUCUCGUGACCUCCCCCAUCCCCACCCUGACCCCCUUUGACCCCAGCAAAGCACCCAGGCAACUGUGGAACAAGUGGACAGCCCUCUCCCUUCUCCUUUCCCCUCCCCCCUGCAAUAACUUGCUGUGAAUUCCUUUCAUCUACAUUUAAUUUUGACCAUCUGAGAGACUUGUCUGGCCACAGGCUACCUCGACUCUGCUGAACACACUGCUGACGGUCAUAGGAAAGGAAGCAAUGGUAACCUCUCAGAUUGCGUGUCACCUGGAGGCUUUAGAAGAGCUUGUACUCCCGGAGCCCAUGGAUGCCUGGCUCUUGUCUUAGGCUAGGAAGGGUUAAACGUUACAUUACAAAAGCAAAAACUACUCAGAUUUUUAAACCAUGUAAAAGCUCUCAUCUUGAAAAGGUGCUAUUUCACUGACUACUGAAGCAGCCUUUGGAAUUGUGAUUUCUGUAUAUAAAUCACCUUUGUGAAGUUCUUUCUAUAAAUACUUAUUGUUAAAAAAAAAAUAUAAGAAAAAAAAGGAAAAAGAAGGAAAGAAAAAAAAAAAAAUCCCCAAACUGGUUUUCUAGAUUUGUGGCUUUAAAAAAAAAAAUGUUCUUUUCCCCACAAACCGAAAUGGGAUUUGAGUAACACUGAAUACGAGGGAGAGAAAAACAUCUCAUUCAUUUUCUUUUGUUGUUAUUUUAAAAUAUUAUUUGUAUAUUGAGUGGGCAGGGAAUGUGUUUUAGCUGGAGUGUCUUGGAAGUUAAGGGUGUUUGUGUUCUGAGCAGCCCAUUUGCGUGUUUCUGGUACUGCUCCCUCCUAGUGACUGUGCUGAGGCUUGUCAGUCAUUCAGGUGGGGCUGCAGGUAGGCUUGGGGGAAGGGAGGGAAGACGUGCUACCUUUGCUCUGCUCCAGGUCGGGGGGCUUGCUCCCCAGGGCUCCAGGCCCCGCCAAGGCUUCUCCCCUUGGUGUUCUUAGAAGAGGAAGGUUGAGAGCUCUGCUCGAGCACAGGUCCUGGGUGUGCGGGGACCCUGAGUGCGUUUGCCAUUACCCGGUCCCGGCAGGCUGGGUGUGUGGCCAGCACCUCGGUGCAUGUCUGGCCAAAUAAGUACUUUGUUUUCUGGUUUGCUUGAUCUUUUGCUUCUUAACUGUUGUGAGAACCAUUCCAUAACUGAAGUCCCAGAGGUAUAUAUGUGUGUUUGAUUAAAGAAGAAAUCCCCUGACCCCUUUGUGGCUGCAGAAGAGAGACCCCUGUAGGUCACCCCCGUGAGGGACGCUGGAGGCAGGCCUGGAUCUUUUUGGUGUGCUGGGCAUGUGGCCGAGGUGUGUUUGGUGGUCUCUGUUCAUUAAUAAUCUAGCGGAAACUCGUUUGGGGGGUUUUGUUUCAAACUACAAAAGAUGUCUCCCCCAUCCCCCACAGCUGAGCCAGGUAGCCAUGAGCUAAGAGGUGAUCUGAAACUGGGGAAGGAGAGACAGGGAGAGAGGCCUGGACUUGGGGUCAGGGGGCUGCCCCUGGGUGCCGUGACAGUGUUUUGGGUUCCCCGGGGACUCCUGGGAGGAGGCUUCUCUGCGAGGUUAGCCGUAUGUUUACACUGACUCCUGGUAAGCCUGGUCAGAAAGGCCGGCCUGUGGGUGAGCCCCAGGGAACUGCCUGCCCUCCGGGGUGGUGCAGCCCCGGCUCCUCCAGGUGGGGGCGGGAGUUGAGCUGUUGGUUUCAGCCUCAGGUGAAGCCGUGUCUUUUUUUAAUCUUAGAUUAAAGAGAGAAAAUGUACUUUUGUUUGUCGUUUUGGAGAAAGUGAGCAGAGCUGAGGUCAAGCCUUGCUUUAUCUGGCUGUGUAAUCUGAGGGGUUUCCCGCCAUUCACAAGAAAGUGAUUUAAAGAAUAGUCUGCAUGUAUUUUUUAAAGAUGUUUUAACAGUUGAUAGGCCGGAGAGAGCACUAUUUAAAACAGAAAGUGAGAGAACGUUGACAUCUGAGAACUCUUGCUGUGGAAAGGGAAAAGUGAGGGCUGGGGAGGAGGGAUGGGCAGUGGGGUCCUUGAGUUGUGGGGAUCUCCUUCGUGUAGCAGUCCUGGCUGAAACAGCACCUUUCCUAGAUUCUGUUCUAGUCCCUUUUAAAGAUGACGCUUUAUGUUGUCAGAAGGAGCAGCCUCGUAUUCUCCAGGGGCCAUAUUCAAGGAGUGCUUUUUUGGAAUGUUACUCUGGACUCUAGAAGUUGGACUGACUGACCCCUGGAUGAGGCUGCUCUUCCCUGCCCAACAUACACACACUCAUACUCACACUCACACACGCUCACACUCACAGACGCACACACAUACACACACACACACACACACACACACACACACUCCCUCUGCCUUCCAGAUUUGGGCUGUGGGGAAUGACGUGUGCUAUAGUAGCCACAGUAUUCGGGGAAAUGCACAUUUUGUUUUCCCAACCAAAAAUAUUUGCAAGUAUCUUACAUACUACAAAAUUCCAGGCUGCUUAUUAUUUUAUUUCUGAGACGUGCCUUUGGUGUUUUAGGUGGCAAGAGGACAGAUAAUCUAGUCCCUCUUUAAUGGUGGUGUGCUUUAUAAUUCUCUCUGAAGGAGACAGACAAUUUGGCAAAGAGCAAAAGGCCCAUCCAACUGAGUAUGCACAGCGUGGAUGUGUAGGAAAUGUGUCUUGAGAUGAAAAGAUUGACGCAGUGCUUAAAAGCUUGUGUGAGGACUUCCAAGAGAAACCACUUAGGACCCCAGGCUCAGCCCCUGGAAGAAGCUGUAGACAUUUUCCAAGCCGGCCGUCUCCCUAGUCCGAGGCCCCAAGGGUUCGGUGACCAUUCAGCGAGGCAGGGAGUAAGCAGCAAAGCCAGCAUUCCAGCCAAGAUGUCCACCACAUGUGGCCGCCCCGGCCCGGCAGCAAGCAGGCGGAAUCCCAGGCGUGGGGCUCGGACCAGGCCUCCCCCACACCUUGUAGACGGCUGGGGAGCGGGUCUGGGGCUCAGAGAGCACAAGUGGUAGUCGUGUCCGGAGUUGGAGGAGAAAACAGAGCAGAGGAUCAUCUCGCUUGUGCUGUUGCUCACUCGUCCCCUUUCAUCCACGCUCCGGUCGGCCCGCCAGCUGUUCCGGGCUACGCAGAACGAGGCAUCCCAUCUUCUGUCUUGGUGCCUUUGCCGGGUUGUCCCCCACACCUGGAAUGCACACCCUCCUGCCCCGAGCUCGUGGAAGGCUCAGCUCAGGUGCCGCCUCCUUUGGCAAGUCUUUCCUGAUCCCCCAGGUGUUAGUUCCCUCUGCCUCCUGAAAUUACUUUGUAUUUACUUACCUGUACAUGUUGUAUCUCCCCAAUAGAAUGUAAGCUCCUUGAGGGCAGGGACUGUUUGGUUUUUGUCUUUGUAUCCGGAGUGCCUGGCCCAGUGCCUGGCACAUCUUAGGCACUUAAUAAAAGUUGUUGAAUUGUUGAAUCCCUCACA